UUUAUCCGUUUAUUUAUUAAAACGAACCGGAGAAGUUACCGUCGGCGGAACAUUUUUUUUUUUUUUUUUUUUUUUUAGGUUAGGUGUCUUGGUGAAGUCUCAUCCGCAAGCGGGACCGCGUUGAGCGCUCCGUGUCUAUUUAGGGGGGUGUGACAGCACUCUUCAUACAGCUGUGCCGGCCGGACCGGGCCGGCUUGUUUGUGAGCUGAACAGGUUGUUUUUAGCGAGCUGUAGAAAAGAACCGGGUCAUGGUCCUGACACUGGAUUUACCGGCCGGAACCCGCUGCUUGAAUCUGAUCUGAAUAUACUGUAAGCUCGGUUAUAUUUAAUCUUCUAUCAAAUAUGGAAACUUUAAGAGAGAGCUUGUGUAUGACAUGAAUGACAAACAGGACAGGCCUUAUGUGUGCGGCGCCCCUGGCUGCUCUCAGCGCUUCCAGCUAGAGGAGCACCUGCUCAUUCACAGACACAAGCAUGAGAUGACCCUGAAGUUCCCCCCCAUAAAGACGGACAUAACUUUUUCAGACCAGACUCCGACUCCGACGCGAUUUCUGCAGAACUGUGAAGAGGUUGGUCUGUUCAAGGAGAUCGAGGAGGAGUUUCUCCAAGCCCAGGAAGAGGAGAAUAACAAACAGGCGUUGUCUCAUAAUGGGCCACCUUGUAUGAAUCAGCACCAUCUAAAAGCUCAGCUUCAGCUUCAGCACUCUCCCCAGCCUCAGCUCACACAUCCUCAGCCACCACUCAAUAAUCCUCCGCCUCCACUGCAUCAUCCCCAGGGGCAUGGCCCAAUGAUGGCCCCGAGCUGCAGCCUGGCAGCCCAGCAAGGGCUGUCCUGUUCCUCCGCCGCCUCCCAGUCUGGAUCAGUAAUUACCUUGGCUCCUUCCACCCUAACACAUUCAGGGCCUACUCCCGGGACGCUGUCCUGCCUCCUUCACAUGCGGAACAGACACAGACAACCUCUGCCAGCCUCCUUACCUGGCACCCUGCCAGACCCCACCAUGCAAGAGGCAUCUGCUCAGCACAUGACUAGACCCAAACCGACAAUGGCGCAUCAUUACCCACAUCAACACCCAGGAAUGCUCGCCAUUAACAACUCUAUGACAUCCAUGGGGCACAUGAUGGAGAUGAUGUCACAGCGCCACAAUGCCCCUCCACUACAGCAACAGCAACACCACCAUCCUCACCAUCCUCAUCACCAUCACCAUCAUCAUCCCAAUCAACCGCCACAGCUUCCACCUGUGCCCCACACCUACCAACAGCGUUGCCAUGCUCCACCUCCACAACACCUGGGGAGCACUCAAAGCCUCCAGCUUCACCAGUCAGGGAACGUAGGGCACUCUCAUUCUCACCAGUCACCACCAUCACGCCUGCACCAGAACUCCCCACCUGCAGCCCCACUAUCUGCCCCGACGCAGUUGUCACCAGUUGCACAGCAAAUGCAGCCAUCCCACUCUCAGCAUGCAGCACAGGCAACUUGUAGCGGCAGCAGCAGCGGGGGCAGUGGCGGAGGAGGAGAAGGAGGCAGCAACCGACGCAGAAGAAUGGCAGAACAGGACCCUGAUGAGCGCAGGCAAAAGUUUCUGGAGCGUAACCGAGCUGCAGCGACCCGCUGCCGACAGAAGAGGAAAGUGUGGGUGUCUUCACUGGAGAAGAAAGCCGAAGAGCUUACGCACACAAACCUACAGCUGCAGGACGAGGUGACAUCACUGAGGUCGGAGGUCGGCCAGUUGAAGCAGAUUCUCCUCACCCACAAGGACUGUCCCGUCACUGCUCGGCAGAGAGAGGCACAGGGGUACCCCACUGCAGGGGUGAGUUCAGCAGAGAGUCCCACCCCUGCAGAUCCUGAGACUCAUCCUCACGCCAUCCAGCACAACAGCGUUUCCACCUCCUCGACAGCCGGAUGCGACACCGGGCACGGACCCCUCUCUGGACUCUAACCCCCACUAUGGAUAGAACGCUGAACUUGUCGAGUGGUAAAUCCAUAUGGACCCAGAGCUGUUAUACUGGUGUCAUCAGCAGACAUUUUUCAGGUCCAAAAAUAAAAAACAAGCCUUGUUUGAAAACUUUGAUGUCAACUUUGAUGCUUCUGCUAAUAUAGAAAAUAUCAAAAGCUGUUUACAUCAAUACAGCCUGCACUCCUGACUCACAGACUGUCCAAACAGACAAUCUCAGCACGUUUUGCACUAACUUUAACAAAACAACUGCUAAACGGUACAGUGCCUGCAAACGUAUUCAGAUGUUUAUGUACAUAGAGACCAACAUAAAGUAGUGCAUAAUUGUGUUGGAGAAAGAAACCUUUUUCAAAAAUAAUUUUAAAACAUGUGGCAUGCAUUGAUAUCUACCCUUCUUCACUCUGACAUCACUAAAUAAAGUCCAGUGCAACCAGUUGCCUUCAAAAGUCAAAUAAUUAGCAAAUAGAGUCUACCUGGGUAUAAUUUAAUCUCAAUAAAAAUACAGCUUUUUUCAAAGAUACAUCCCCCAAAUACAUAAUAACCAAUAAAAAUAAAAUAUUUUGGUGCUAGCAUUGUGCUUAUAGGGAUGCUAUUCUUAAGCCAGGACAAGGAAGCUGGACAAAGUUGAUGGAAAUAUGGAUGGAGCUAAAUAGAGGGCAAUGCUGGAGAAAAACCUGUUUGAAACCUAUCUCAAAAAAGAAUUUCAUCCAUAACUGCUGAACAGGGAAGGCUGAAUACAAAUGCAUGCUGCACUUUUCUGAUCUUGUUUUAUAAAAUUUUGAAUAUCAGGCAUCUCUUCCCUUCGUUUUUACAAUUGUGCACUGUUUUGUGUGGGUCCAACACAUAAAAUCCAAUUAAAGUGUGUUGAAAUCUGAAGAAAGUUUCAGAAAUUAAGGAGUAUGAGUACCUCUGCAGGCCUUGUAUAAUAGUCUGUACAUUAGUAUAUAUGACAAAAUUAGCAGCUGCUGUUGCACACCUUUUAUUUGGAGUGGAAAAUGUAUUGCAAUGAAUAAUACAACUGUAUUUGUUUAUUAAUAAGUAAACAACUUUAAUACAAAAUGUUAUUUUAAACAUUGCAAAUGUUAUAUUCUUGUAAAUAAAGUCAGUGAAACCCGAAAUCUGUGUUAGAGAGCCAUAUAAAAGGAAAGAAAGAUCAUAAACAGGGUUUGUUGAAAGACACUUUUUAUACCAUGAAAUUGCCAUUAAAAAACUACAAACUGCACUUCAUGUCUAAAUCCCACUCAGAUGAUUUACGUUUCAACCUAACAUUUUGUACUGUAAAUAUAUGGACUAUGGCUGUAAAUCUAAUGCUAAAAUAAAAAAAAUAUUAUUCUCCA